UGAAUACACGACAUCAUUUUGCUCAUUGCUGGAUAUAAAGCGGCGUGUUCAUUUUGUGGCGACUAUAGCUCCUUGAAAGGUGCUAGCUAGGCUAACAGCGCUAGCUAGCCGACACGUGUCUUUUAUGGAGGCCCACCUACGAUUUCGGCAGUGGCAAUAAACAUGAUCCGUCAGAAGAAGCAGUUCGUCGGCAAGAAGAGCAAAAAGGGGCCCGGCUGGAAGUUCAGUCUGGACCUGACCCACCCCGUCGAGGACGGCAUCCUGGACUCGGCCAAUUUUGAAAGCUUCCUGAAAGAGCGCAUCAAGGUGAACGGCAAGACCGGAAACCUCGGCGGCGUCGUGUCGGUCGGCCGCGUCAAGAACAAAAUCAACAUCGCGUCUGACAAGCAGUUCUCCAAAAGGUAUUUAAAGUACCUGACCAAGAAGUACCUGAAGAAGAACAACCUGCGCGAUUGGCUGAGAGUGGUCGCCUCCGACAAGGAGACGUACGAGUUGCGUUACUUCCAGAUUAGCCAGGAUGAUGAAGACUCAGAAGCAGAAGACUAGAAUGUUCGUUUUGCGAGAGUCUAUAACGUAACAAUAAACUUGGCCUCAUUAAAAAAAAAAAUAUUGUUGUAUU